UUAGCUGUCAAACGCACGCUUAUGUGUUGAUGUGUACACAUGCGCGUUAUGGAGCUCAAACAUUUCAUGUUGUCAGAUGUAGAACCAAAAUACCUGUUCAAUAAUUAGUUAUAAUACAUUGGAUUUGUUUACACAACCAGUCGUACAAAGGAUUGAAUAAAGUUCGAUAUGCUCAAAGUACUACCGAGCAGUACUUUUUGUGCAGGGGCAAAUGCAAAAUGUGGAGAAAUCUAUUGUCACAGCUCCACUGAAUUCACGAUCGUUUGUACACUUUGCGAACUCAAAGCCUUCGAUUAUGAGGAUUUUAUGUUGCAUUGCAAAAAUGUACACUUUGAAAAUGAUUUGUUGAGAACAGAGGAAGCUUUCAUUGAGAUGGAUCCGUACUUAGCGUCGAACGUAAAGAAUGAGGUUUUUGUUGAUGACAAUAGUAUUGAGGUCGACUAUUUGGACGAUCCUGUUUGUGAAAUGUCUGAUGAGGAGGUGGAGGAAAGAACAGAACUACGAAUUAUGACAUGGAGUGAAAAUAACUCGAAAACAGAUGUGACGGAAAGUGAAGAAGAAAAUAAUAUCGUAUACAAAAACGAUGAUGAAGAAUAUGCACCACCAAACCAUUGCCACAAGAAAGUUAACAGUGAUCAUCAAAUUGAGUCGCACAAAUGUGAGUUGUGCGCCCGAGUAUACAAAAGUCUUCAAAAUCUGCGUAACCAUAUGGAAAAAGCACAUAAUCCUAUAGACAGUCCAAACGCCGCAACACAAUCUCAAAAAUGCGACGAAUGUGCAUUGGAUUUUAAGACAUUGCGAAGUUUAGAACAACAUUGCUUAGCAGAACACGAUGGAAUGAAAUGUAUGUAUUGUGAUAGGAGAUGUACUUCGCGCACAAAUCAGCUACGUCAUAUGGAAACGCACACACGUGGGACGGAACGGAAAUUUGUGUGCGAUUAUGAGAACUGCAAGAAGAGUUUUUUCACACGCCGACAAUAUCAAGCUCAUAAACGUACUCACACAAAAGGUAAAAAUUUUAUAUGUGAUAUAUGUGGGUAUUCGUGUCGUGUGCCGGAAAUGCUAAAGGUACAUUACCGGUCGCACACAGGAGAAAAACCAUAUGCUUGUGAUGAAUGCGGUAAAUGUUUUAUAUCAAAAUCAGCAGUUAGAGAACAUAAACAAUCUCAUGGAACAGAGCGCCCACAUGUUUGUAAAGUGUGUGGACGUUCAUUUGCGCGUGCGAAAUCUUUAUAUCAUCAUAACUUUUUACAUCUUGAUGAGAAAAAGUUUAAAUGCAGGGUAUGCGGACAAGCAUAUGCCCAACUUGCUGGGUUAGCUGGUCAUAUGAGACGACACCGGGAGGAGGGUUCUUGUUGACUAGUAAUUCUUGUAAAUGAGUACGCAUGUGAAUUUUAAGUACGUAAACUAUAAUGAUUUUAAGCUAUUUUGAACUUGUUAUACAAAUUUCAAAAUUAAAUAUUUCUUAAGUUAAAAUAAAUUUCAUAGUUGAUAUUUCAAAAUAUACCUACAUA